UAAUUUUGAGAAUGGUUAACUUUUAUGAUUUGAGAUUUUAUUUAGAAUAUUUAGGUCAAUUAAAUUAAUUUCUUAUGAUUGAGAUUUUAGUUUAGUGGCAGCAUUUAUGAUUAUAAAGUUAUUAUUAAAACAGGUCAUUGAUGAUGAGAAAACAGUGGAGAGGAAAAUGACAUGCACCCAAGCAUUGAAAACAGUCGCUCUCAACCCUACAUGGCCAUGAAAAUGGAAGAGUUGACUCCAAGGUACUGUAAACCACAGGUUGGCCUGCAACGCUAUCAAGCACAGGUGAUGGUUAGAAAACAGUCGCUCUCAACCCUACAUGGCCAUGAAAAUGCAUCGAUCCUAGCUUUCUUCGAACCUUCCCGCUGGAAGACUCGACUCUGAACGGGUUGCCCUGAAAUGCUAUAAAGCAGAUGGGAUGGUAAAAAAAAAAAGUCGCUUAUCCGCUCACCCCCCAUAUGGCCACGAAAAUGCACCCAAGCUGCCUCAGGGCCCUUAGAGGGGGCAACAUGGCCCGCCUCCGUGCGCUGCUCCAGGAUGACCCAACUCGAUUCUACGGCAUCACCGUUAAAGGAAACAGCAUACUCCACAUCUCCGCAAGCCUCGGCAACAUCUGGCCCAUCAUCGAGGCGUGCAAUCUCCCUGAAUUGGACCUCCUACAGCACCAGAACUUAAAAGGCGACACGAUCCUCCACUGCGCUGCCCGUGCACGCCAUGACCAGAUCCUAUCAUUGCUGAUCGAUCAUGGAGCAGGAUUGCAAAUGACGGGAGUGUUGAACCAACGCGAGGAUAGCGCUUUGCACGAAGCUGCACGAGGCGGCCAUGCCAAAGUUGUCCGCCAACUUUUAGCUGUUGGAGAGAAUAUGACGUGCAUGGUUAACGGAGAUGGAGAGUCUCCGCUUUAUCUAGCAGCGGUGAGAGGCUCAGUGGAGAUUGUGGAAAUGUUGCUUGGAUGUGCGGAGGUGGAUUAUAGAGGACCUCGAGGGCAAACUGCUCUGCAUGCUGCCGUCUGCCGAAGCUAUGAUAUUACGCAGAUUCUACUGGAAAGAAUACCGGCACUAAACCUACAGGCGGAUGCCUCCCUAAGCGCCCCCAUUCACUACGCAGUUUCCCUUCGAGAUGUAAAGAUGGUGCGUCUUUUACUAAAAGCGAACGCUACAAUAGCUCAUCUCCUGGACGACAAGGGCCUCUCAGCCAUCCACAUAGCAGCAAGCAAGGGCUAUACGAAAGUUAUUUGGGAGAUACUCCGCCAUUGCCCUGAUGCCACUGAGCUUACUGAUUAUGAUGGAAACAAUUUUCUUCAUGUUGCUGCAAAGAAGGGAAUGAUAAUAGUGGUGAGACAAGUUCUUAGAAAUCCUCUACUCAGACAGAGCAUAAAUGAGACAGAUCACGAGGGAAACACACCAUUGCAUUUGGCUGCAAUGAACUGCCAGUGGAGAAUCGUCCGCCUUUUGUUGUCAAAUAACAGAGUCGAUAAAAAUAUUAUAAACUGCAAAGGUCUCACUCCCCUUGAUGUAGCUUCAUCAAUUGAUGCCUCCAAAUUUGGCUUCAGGAGGAGGAUUAUGAUAGAAAAAUUGAACUCUGCUGGCACCAAAUUUGGCCCUCACCGAAUGGACAUCAUGAUGCCUGAGGAUCAAGAUUAUCCAGAAGAAGAGCUUGACAGACAUAGAGCAAUGGCAAAUAACCUUGCAAUAGUGGCAGUACUCAUUGCUACAGUUACAUUUGCAGCUGCUUUCACCUUGCCUGGAGGUUACAACAAUGAUGAUAGUAACCACAGACAAGGCAUGGCGAUUCUAGCUAAGAAAGUAGCUUUCAAGGUGUUCCUUAUCUCUGAUACCAUUGCAAUGGCAAGCUCUAUGUGCAUAACCUUCUUGCUAAUUAGUAGUAGCUCUCCAGAGCGCGACCAAAGAUUGAGCGUCAUCAUUACUGCCCAGUUUUGCGUACAGGUUGCACUAGUAGCAAUGUUGGUGGCAUUUUCCAUGGGCAUUUAUGUGGUCGUGGUUUCACAAUGCAGAUGGUUGGCUGAUCUUAUUUGUGGAAUGGCUAUUUGUACUCCCUUUAUUAUUUUGUGGUCAUCUAGUUUCAUAAAGGUUUACUCUCCCUUAAAUAAGCAAAUGAUACUAGCUUAGUUUAUCAUAAGCUCGUUCAUAUUCGAGCUCAAUUUUGAACUUUUAUAUUUGUGUUUAAUCUUGGUUCAUUUAAAAUGACAUAUGUUUAUAUUUAGUU